AUGUCGAUUCCCGGCUUAGGACAAGCUGUACCUGCAGCUGCAUUGUCUGCGCCAGCAACCAAGCUAAACCCGGUCUUUCACAACCUCGACCAGAACUCAGAAUGGCGCUUUGAAGUCGCAAUCGAGCAGAAAAUUAGCGUCAGGAUCAUUUCAGGCACCGCCGAGAUCUUUGGAACAGAGCUCGCCUUGAACCACAUCUACACAUUCCGGGGCAUCAAAGCUGCCAUUUUCACAUGGCACGGCUGCCAAAUCGAAGUCACUGGUUCCUGCGAGGAAUACACCGCGGAAGAGACGCCAUUGAUACAAUACGCGAACACACAUUUCGCACUUGAGAAGCUACGGGAUGAGGCUGAGCGCGAUGGACGGGAUGGGCCUAGGGUGCUGAUCGUAGGGCCGACGGAUGCUGGGAAGACGAGUUUGGUGAAGUUGCUGACGGCAUAUGCGAUAAGAAUGGGCAGACAACCGAUGGUCAUAAACACGGAUUCGAAGGAGGGGUUGCUGUCUAUAGCUGGGACGCUGACAGCGACGCCGUUUGCUUCGAUUAUUGACGUGGAGCAGGGCUGGGGGAGCAGUCCGACGAGUACAUCAAACCCUGUACCGGUGAAGCUGCCGUUGUGCUAUUACUAUGGGAUGCCAAAUCCGGAGGAUAAUUCGAAGCUGUAUAAGACAAUGGUUUCGAGGCUGGCAUUGGCGGCGAUGAGCAGGUUUUCUGAGGACCCGGUUAUCAAGUCGACGGGAAUGAUUCUUGAUACCCCUGGGGUAAUAAGCCAAGGGAAGGGAGGCUAUGACUUGAUAUCGCAUAUUGUUUCCGAGUUUUCAGUGAACGUGAUUCUGGUCAUUGGUUCAGAGAGACUACAUAGCGAAAUGCAACGCCGCUUCUCUACCUACAAGACAUCUAGCAACGAGUCAAUUACUCUCGUCAAGCUUGACAAGUCCGGUGGCUGUGUUGAUAGAGACGAGUCUUUCAUGCAGCAAGUUCGAGAAGCAGCAUUGAAGGAGUACUUCUUCGGCGACCUGAAGACGACAUUGAGCCCUCACACCCAACAACUCAAUUUCGCCGAUCUUUUCAUCUACAAGAUUCUAGGAGCGGAUGCCCAGUCUUUCAUGCCUGGUGGCGAGGAGGAAGGAGAGAAGCAAAUCUACGAGAAAGUCGACCCAAAUGCCUCGAUGCUCUACUGUACGCUGGCUAUUCUCUAUGCAUCAACGACCGACUCUCAGGAUACGAUUCGGGAUGCAAGUGUGAUGGGGUUCAUUUUCGUUACGGAAGUGGAUGAGAAGAGAAGCAGAAUCAAGGUGCUAGCUCCGAUGAAUACCAAGAUUACGGACAGACCAUUUAUUUGGGGAUCCUGGCCAGAGGCUUCACUUAGUCUGAUAGGUUAA